AUGCAAAGGACAUUGCAACAAUUGGCUGGAGCCGCGCUAGACUCUCUUGGUUUAAGUAAAAUAGAGGAUGCGCAGCUUUUGGCUCAUCUCCACACUCUCGAUUCUAUGGAAGUAUCUCUCAGAGAUAUUGAAAAGGUAUCUAGCGAAGUGUUCUCUGCUUUUGAAAGCAUGCAGACUUCCAUGUCAAACGUCAUUUCCUCGUCCACAGAGCUGGUGAACGCCUAUGACAAGGAUCCAACGAUGAAGUCGACGCUAUCUUGCUACAAGAAUAUGUACAUGUUCAGCACAUCGAAAUUAGAGAAGGAACUCAGAUCCCGAAUCGAGGAGAACAUCUUCGCGAAAGUGGAAAUCCGGCGCGAAGUCCUGUCCUCCAUCCGCAAGCGGAUCGAGGACUGCAAUCAGCUCAACGCGCACUACACCAACGUCUCUCACAACCUCGACUCGAUCCGUUCCGACCCUGCGAACCUCGAACAACUCACCCCCACCGAGCUCUCCGACCUCGAAUCGGAGUGCGCCCAGCUGCAGUCGCAAGUGCUCGAGCAGAAGGAGCAGCUGGCGAACGACAUCUCGAGCUACGUGACCAACACGCGGCAGUUUCUCUGCGAAUGUUAUCACUACCUCGGAUCGCUCGAUUCGCUUCUCCUCACCAGUUUCCACACCUCGCUCACCGAGAACCGCGGGGAUGACGCCUUCCCGCCGAUCCCCGAAACGGCCGCCACGCAGGUGGUUCCAUUGCAGAUAACCGCGGGAUUGUCGACGAUUCAUUACUUCAAUAUGAAGGUAUUCCCGCGGGGAUGGGUUGAGGGUAGAGCGGAGCGCGCGUGUGGUGGGAAAUAA